AUGGGGUGGUGGGGGAGGGAACCAGGGGUCCAACAGCUGGGGUGGGACCUCCAGGAAUAUCUCCAGGGCAUCAAGGGCAGUCACCCCUCCCCAGGCGAGCCUGCAGGUCCUUCUCCCCGGAGUCCGGCUGGCUCAACUCCGCGUUUCCCUCCACCUGCACAUCCCCCGCCCCGCCGGCCCGGCCGCCGCCCCGAGUCCCGCCGCGUCCGGGACUCCGGGGGUCCCGCCCCCACCGGCUGCCAGGUGCAGCGGCCGUGGAUCCCGGCGGAGGCGCCCGAGGCGGGCGGGAGGCUUCGGGAGACGCGGCCCGAUCGGCCGGUGGCUGCGGCGGGAGAGCAGGGAGCUGGCCCGCCGCCCGCCCCGCGCUCGGGCUCGGACACGCGCUGCAGCCCUGGCGCCCCUUACCUGCUCCGGGCGGCCGUGGCCGCGGGAGGAGCGCUCUCUCAGGCGUCGGCAGCCCGGGGCCGAAGUACAGAGGCUGCGGCCGUGGCCGCGGCUAAGGACAAUCAGCAGCCUGCGGGUUUCGGCACCGCGGCGGCAGACGCAGGACUCACGAGCGGAGAACCCGGCCCCCCCCCAACCCCGGGCUCCAGCCGCGAGUCAACGCCUUGGCCCCCGCCCGCGGAGGGGCGGAGCCGCAGCCGGAGGGGCGGAGCGAAAAAGCUCCGCCCACGGGGCGAGAGCACGGCGAGUGCCGUAUAA